UAAAAUUUCUGUAGUUGGCAAGCGAACGCUAUCGGGAGAGCUCGGUGACCGCGGCGGUGAAAACGCGUGUUCUCUUAUCGAACGAAACAAUGUUAUGUGCUCAUUUUAGCGAAGUUCUUAACGGUUGUUAAUUUUUAAUUUUUAAGUGUUAGCUCUUAACUGAGAAUGAAAUUGUUUUUCUGUGCAGCUCAUCUACUGGCCCUGUGCUUCAGUCCCGUUUUCUCGUGGGAUAUUGGAGUGGCCGUAGGCAAUCAGUUACAAUUUCUUAGUAAAGAUGGCAAACUUCUAGGAAUAGCAGCAGAAAAGUAUACUGACAUGGCGGCUAUGACUUUUGAUCCACUACAUAAUCAUAUUUAUUUUAGCGAUUCAAAAGACUCACAAUUCAGUAUUUUUAGACUGAAACUAGACAACAGUAGUGAAUCAAAAAUAAUCCAGCCCAUCGUGUCAAGACGUCAUGAUGACAAAGAAGUGCAGGGAGUUGCUUUUGAUGCUGUGACACUGUCCUUAUUUUGGAGCACUGGGGUUGGUCGCACCAUCCAACGUUUAAAAUUACUGUCGCUUUUCACCGCUCAGCCUCAAGAAGGAGAAACUAUUCUGCAAUUAGAUGAACAAGUACCUCAAGGAUUAGCAAUAGAUAGCUGCAAUAGAAAACUCUAUUGGACCAACUGUAACCACAAAUUGGCAACUAUUGAAUCCUCGGAUCUGGAUGGUCAAAAUAAUGUAAGAAUAGUCAAUGAAGAUCUAUGGCAACCGCUCGGAAUAACGGUCGAUCAGCACCAUCAAAAACUUUAUUGGAGCGAUGAGCAAGAGAGUUUUGGAUUUAAAAUAGAAAGAAGUGAUCUGGAUGGGAAGAACAGAGAAACUCUGAUAACCGGCUCUCACCAUCAACCUGUCGCAUUAGCAAUUGAUCUUAACUUUGUUUACUGGUCAGACUGGGUUCACCAUGCAAUCUGGAGAUCAAAUUUAUCAAUUGUCAAUGAUAUCGAUUUACAGCCGGAGCAGUUUCGGCUGUACAAUAAUAAAAUUCCGAAUGGAGUGGUCUCUCGGACAGAUUUAAAUUAUAUUUCUAAGGACAGUUGUUCUGUGCUUCUAGAGUUAAAAAGGAAGAUAAUGCUGCCCCCUGAAGAACAGGCCAUUCUGAACAAAAUUGAAGAUCCAACUAUAGACAGUAAAUUACUGAAUUACUGUUUGAACAAUGGUUCAUUUCACAUCAAUGGGACGUGUGUAUGUCCGAAAGGAUAUAGCGGACAACGCUGUGAAGUUUCUCUGUGUCACAACUAUUGUAUUCUUGGGGAGUGCUCCCUGGAUCAAGACGGUUAUCCUUCCUGUGCCUGUCCAAUGAACCGAACAGGAUUGCGAUGCCAAACUGAUUUAUGCUAUAGCAUUUGCUUGAAUGGAGGAUCAUGCGUGAUACUUGGUGUCAACAAAACGGAGUGCCAAUGCCCAAGUGGGUUUUUUGGGAAACGAUGUGAGAUGAGAAGUGCGCAACAAGAUGAACUAUGUAAGGCUUACUGUAACUAUUAUGCUGCCGGUUACAACUAUCAGCAUUUAGCAAAAGAUGAUAAAAACGAUGGCGUUUUACCUUUGCCACCGCCUUCAUGUAGCUGUGAUGAAAUUAGAAAUAGUGAACGGUACGAAAUGCUAGAAAACAGUACCAAACUACAGGUAGCCAGUCUGAGUGACUACUCAAUCAGAAAUCUGAACAUGUACUUAACGUCCUCUCUUGGGAUAAUUUGUGCUGUGCUGCUGAUCGUCAUCGUGCUGCUGUCAAUAAAAAUCUGCUCUCUUAACAAGAGGCCAAGGGUCAAAAAACGCUACGUCGUUAACAAAGCGGUGACACCUAUGACAAGCAGGCCUGCAGUGCAGCAGCCCUCUGAGUCUUGUGAAAUCACAAUUGAAAAUUGCUGUAAUAUGAAUAUUUGCGAGACUCCCUGCUUUGAACCUGACUUCCGCAAUGCCAAGUCAUCAGUCAUUCACCGAAAGUCAAAGGAAGAGAAAGCUAAUCUCCUCAGUGACAUGGAGGUUGAAAGUCAAGAUGAGAGCCUAUAUUAGCGUUCUUCAAACAAUUGGUUAUUCAUUUCAGAUGAAACGUCAACCAAAAAAUUUUACUGACUUGAUUGUGAUACUUAAAUCUUAUUUUUAGACCAAAAGUUCAUAUUUCCACUUUUUUAAGCGUUUACAAUUGUAUUCAGAGGUUAAUUUUGUUUCCUACGAGUAACUUAUUUAUUUUUUUAUUUGUUUGUAUGAGAUAAACAGAAGUGAAAUUCGUUAGCUUCCUAAAAUAGUUUAUUCUGAUACAAACAUAGAAGUAUUAAAUUUGUUCAGUCACAUUCUUGUAUCAUUUGCAUUGAAUUGGGUGACCCACAGGAGCUUAAAUCGUGUCUUAAGUCGAAAUUUUACUUCUCAUUCAAAGUAUCCAAACCUUUGUCAAUGCCAUGUAUCAAUGUCAAAAAUGCCGUUCCAAAAUGAAUCAAAUGCUCGGCAUUUUUAUUUUGCAUCUCAUAUAAAGAGGAGCACACACUCACCUCAGUAGAAUGCUAUGCUUUAGCUGAAAAGCUCAUUCUAAUGUUCCAUUGAUGUCGAUCUCGUUUGGAGCUCUACAAUUUUCUUUUGAAGGAACGUUUCAAUGCAUAAUAUAUGCAGAAGGUAAAAUGAUAAUAAUGUUGAAACCAUUGCAUCAAAAGAAAUAAUUUUGGAAAAAAAUUUCAGAUAGUGACAUGCAAUGAUUAAAUCAUCGUCUUGUCACAACUAGUUUGCCUUAGUUUUUUUAACUACGAAGAUUAGCUGGUGAAAUUCUCAGCUCCACCGGGUUAUUCAUUUCAGAGCAUCUUUAGAAUGUUAAAAAUCUUGAAGCACUGAAAGAUUUGAAAAGUUUUUCUGAGCCACUACUUCCCAGUGAUACCUUUUCGUGAUAGUGUGGCGCUGUGAUAGUAGUUGUAUUGCCACCAUCUAAGAUUGAAAGAUGAUCAUUGAAACAUUGGAGCUCUUACUGAAGAAAGUUUUUCUAAAAAAAUUGUGUAAUUUACAUCUGUUGAAAUUUUGUAACAUAUCUGUACAUCAUUUUCCUUUAUUUUAUGACAAGUGCGUGUUUGUUACAUAGUUUUUGUUAAGUUUGAAUAACUUAUUUUUUCUCUGAAUUUUGUGAUGAAAAACUUUCUAGCUCCUUUGUCGAUUGAUUGCUCUAGUUUUUUUUUCUUGUUCUUUUUCUUUUUACUUUGUAGAUUAAACCUGAUCAUGUAAUGAUGUAGUUAACUUGUUUUAGGUGGAUUUUUUAGUGUUUUGUAGGUACCUAAGUAUUCAAAUUUUUAUAUUUUGACUUAUCCAACUGUAUUUGACUAUUGUUCCUAAGUAGUUACAAUCAAGUCUUGCAUAUGAAUUCAAGCGGAGAGUUGAAGUUCCGUGAUUUCUCUCCGUCAUUCAACAGUUUCGUGGCCUCUGAAGUUGAAACGAGAGCAGCGGAUGAAGUUCCUUUUAAAUCAUGCCUUUCGUUAUUUACCCUUUAAUUUUCAUAAAGGAAAGAUGCUUUUAGCACUGAUACCAGGAAAUUCAUGCAAUUAAAUACAUUGAUGCCAAAAGUAGGAAGACUUCUGUUAACGGAGGUAUUUAAAAAUUUCCCUGCAUGUUCCAUUUAAAAAAAAAAAAAAUAACACCUGAUAAAAAUGCAUACAUUUUUCUCAAAAAAUUUUGUGAAUCAAUAAUUAUGAUCAGUUGCUGUUCAAAAAAGUUGAAUUUGACAGGAAAAUUGCAAUAUCUUUAUCAGAUCUUAUUAUACGUUUAUUCAAGUUUUCCACAGUUUUUCAGUUCUAACUUUUUAGGAAGUCUGUGUAGGGAAUGAUAUCUGCAGAACUUGAUUGUAAUACUUUUUCUCUGCCUUCAAGUGUUGUGAAAUGUAAAUAUUUGUAGUAUUUUCUUAGCAUAUUGUUUUGUAACUAUUAUCAUUUUUAUGCCCUUGGAUAUUUUGUUCAUAUAAGUUUAAUUUUUAAGGGCUAGGCCGUCAGCUCCAGUAGUAUUGUUUCAGCUCAAUUUUUAGACACCUAAUUUCUCUGUUAAUAAUGAAGGCAAAAUGAUCUCUAUUUCACCCUCUUUCUCGUUGUGCAGUCGUAAUGCUCUGCUUUGUUUAAUCCGUAAAUGUGGCUGGAAGGAUCUGAAUUGAAUCAGAAUGUGAAGGUUUAAUUUUUUUCUGGACUCUAUUCACUGAAAUUUUGAUUUUAAUUUUUGAGUUACACAUUUUUCAUUAAUUAUCUAUGAGCAUUAUUUUUUGUGCAUUGACCCAGAAUGGGUCUCUAAGUAAGGUCUGAACUAGGGAAAACCAUCACAUGUUUCCUCCUCCAAGUCUAACAUACAAAACAAUUCAUUCAACGGAAAGUUUGGAAAUCAACUCCUGAACAUGAUAUCAACAAGUAUUUUUAACGCAGAUUAAAUGGGAGUUAGAUUAUACAAAUGACAUCUGUAUUAUUGCCAUUUGGCCAUUGUUAUUUUUAAACAUUUAUAUCUUGUCUAAGAGUUGAUUUCUACACCCCCUUUGUGCGAUUCAUUUUCUUUGUGAAACUUUGAAGAGAAAAUAAAGUGCCCAGUUUUCCAAUCCAUACCUUAUCUAAUGACCCAUUACUACCAUUCGCAGUCCUAACAAUUGAACAGUUUGACCAUAUGAUUUGUAAUUUUCAAUUCUAAUUUUUUUUCAUUUAAAUUUUACCAUAUGUUUUUUUUAAUAUUCUAAACAUUGGACUCCAUAAAAACAGUAGAACAAAAAAGACUAGCAGACCUGGUUCAUAUAAAAUUUUACUGAACUUAUUUCAAAUGAUUUUUUUGAAGACCCAUUUUAUACUCAUCUGUACCCAGGCUCUGUUCCGGAAAUGGUUAUAAGUGCAUUCAGUAAUGGCAUUACUUAUUGAUGUUUCAAUGGUACCAAUUGUAUAAUGGCGGAUUUUUUUUUUUUUCCUACAACUAAAUCAAAUAAUAUUUACACAUCGUAUUUCUUGGUUUAUCAAUUUGUAUUUUAUGUUAAUACUCAAUCUAAAAGCAAUGAACAACUUUCAAUACCUGAACUACCGUUCUAAGGAAGAAUGUUGUAUAAAUAUUCAAGAGUUAGCAAAUUUCCUAGGAUAAAACAUGUAGUUUUGAGGAAAAUUAUGCACAUUUGCUAUGGAAUUCUCAGACAUUUUAGAUUAAUUUGCAAACAUAAUUAUUCGAAAAAUUUGAUGAAAAAUAUUUUCGAUUUCCCCAGUAAAUUUGGUUUAAAUUUGAAAUAUGGUGACAUCUGAAGGUUUUUACAGCCCUCUUCCUUAGCACAAUAGUGAAGCUCUCCAGCUACUUAUUAAAGGAGUUUUGAGCUAUAUAAGUGAAGAUUACAGUGUAUUUUCUAAGCUAUGAUAAGUAUAAUUCUAGACCGACACAAGAAAAUGAAAGGCCUGUUUUGUCUAAAAUCAAUAAAAUUCAUAGGUAAAAUGAAAUCCUGUUCCCACUGCCUUCUUUCACCUCAUCAAUUCGAUUGAUCCCGAGUAGCAUUCUGUAAUGGAAAAGGUCCUAUUCCUAGAAGUAAAGUUUUAAUUUUACUGGCUUCUUAUUCCAUUAAAAUUGCUUGGCUCAUCAACAUUUCAAAUAUUUCACCCGGUUUCAUUUUAAUAAUAUUGCUAUUUCCAUUAUCAAUAAAAUUUCAAUUUAUUGCUGUAUUUCAUGGAUAUUAUUGCUAAAAAUUGGUAUCACCAAUAUUGUAGUUUUAUCCAAGUAAAUUACAAUGUAUGGUAUUUUUCGAUGUUAAUAAUAUCGCAGUGAUUUGCAAUUUGAGAACUUGCAAUAAUCAAACCAUAAUGUUUCGUUAUCAUUUCUGUUUGGGAUAAACAAUAUUAUAUCUAGCAGAUCUUGUAAUUUUAAAUAAGUUCCGAACAUUAAAAAAAUUGAUGAUGUUUUGCUUAUAUCUAUAAAUAGCCAGUCCAAUGACAAUAAAUCUUUCAAUUGAAAGUUAAAAGUAUAAAGAAAGCAGAGAUCUGGUUUUGUUAGUAUCUCGAUAUAAUUUUUGACAUUAGCAAGAACAUGCCGCAAAAUAGUGUCCCUUUGAGAAGUUUUCCUCUCAUUUUUUGACUCAGCAGUGAAGGUCAGAAACAGGAAAACUCUGCAUAUUCUCACUUUUAAAUGCGUUUUCUGAAGUGAAAUUCAUUCAUUUAAACAAAAAACAAUUUUAUUUUAUUUUUCCUCACUAGAAAUUAUCCGCAGAAUCUGUACAUCGAAACUUGUCAACAGAGGCAUUUGUAUACUGCCAUAUUCAUUGUUUUUUUUCCGUUUCAUCAAUUUGUCGAUAGGUUAAUGAUGUUGAAAAGGAGCAAGUCCUUAAAAGGAAGAAUCAGGAAAGAGCUGCUACAGUCCCUAAAGAAAAAUGUAAGAAAAAGAGGUUGUGGGUCACAGCUCAUGAAUGAUGGAUUAUGGAUUGUUCAAAAGAUGAUCAGUUUUUUCCAGGCGUGACUCAUCCAAAUAUGACUGUUAUCUUCUUGGGGUAACUUCAUUCCAAAUUUUAGUUCUUUGUUCAACUCUCUUCAUGCAUCAACACUCCCCCCCCCCUCCAUUUUCUUCGAUCAUGACGUAACUAAUGGUUUUAUUCAUUUUGUUUCCUUAAUAAUUUCCCAGCCAUCAGUUUUUCAAGGAAAGAGGAGACUUUAGCCAACAUUUUGCCGUUGAGUAUUUUAACCGAUAGCAGUAUUUGAAAGAAAGUAUUGAUUAUUUUCCGUAUACAUAAUAAUCAUUUUUAUUUUAUUAAUAAUGAAAGAACACAUCCUAGCAAUUUCAAAAUGAAUGGCCUGAUAAGCGUCCUUCGAUUCAUGCAUGUUUAGAAUAUCACAAUGAAUAUUGAUCAAUUUAAUCGUUUUUCCAGCCUCUAUACCCAUGUUCUCUGCUAUUAUUAUAUUGCUUAUUUUGGGUAGGAGUGUGUUCAUACAAUAACUUACUGGGUGUUUUGUAAACCAGUCAGAAAUUCAAAGAGAAAAAAUUGUUUUCCAUUAGAUGUGCCAAGUUUUUAGCGUGGAGCCAACGGCCAGCCAUUGCUCCAGUGAAGUAUGAUGGAAGGUAGCAGUAUCAUAUCGACGAUGAAACUGAAGAAAUGUGUAGCUCGGUUGCAGUGUUUCAAAAGCUCAGCUCCUAUUUUAUUUUCUAAAAAGAGUCAACAUCAUGGCUUGAAAUUUUCACAGAGUAUUCUUCCUAUAAAGAAGAAAAAUCACCAAAAUUCUCAACCAAUUCCUUUAGUAGUUUCUGAUGAAAAAAUAUUGUAUGACAAGAAGUCUGCAACACUGCAAACUAAGAUAGGUACCUAUUUCUUCAGUUUCACUAUCGAUAUGCUUUUUCUUCAAACUUUGUGUAUGAAUUUAAAAUAGAAUGGUGUAGGUAAAAUGGAAUAGCUUGUUACCCCGAAGUGAAUUCUCAUAAGUAUUUAAUCUGUACCCUGUCUACUGGGUCAUUGCCAGGACUCCUUUUAAAAAUUAUCUGUACUUAAAUAAAGUCUAGAAUUCAUAUCAGAUACCUUUCACUGUCUUAUUCAAAAUAUUCAGGGUUGCUCUCUCUUCAAUAGUUACCAUCCAAUUACUUUUUAAUAAUCAUUUUCUUCUUGUAUUAGGGUUACUUUUCUCAAAGGUCAUUCAUUUUUACCAAAUUUUCUGGAGGGAGUCUCCUCUAAUCUUCCAUUCCUUUUAUUGUAAAUCUUCCCUAAGAAAAGAAAGAAAAUGUGUUUAAAAAUCAUCUAACUAAUGUAAAAAAAUGCUAAUAUUCCAGCAUUUUUAAGUUUUUUUUUUGCAUUGUGCAUUGCAGAAAACAUCGCGAAUACUCACCCUCAUGAGCAAUAAUUAAUCUUCGAAUCUCUUUCUAAAAUUUUUUGUUGCAUUCCUCCAUUUCUUUUAAAAUCAUCCUUUCGUAUAGCUGAAUUGUUAUUUCAUCCUUAAAUAGCACUAUUGCUCUAUUUGCCUUGUGCCUUUAUUAGGAUACUCGUGGAAUGUAAUUGAUUUCAACAUAUUUAUUUUGUUAUCAAUAAUUCUCAAUAUUAAUUUAAUUUGAUCGAUUACUAAAGUGAAACCUUUUUCAAAGUGUGGAAAGAACUACAUAAUAUCUUUUCAAUGGUACUUACACAUCAUAGUUGUCAAUCUGUGACAUCUGUAAGAAUAUUGUUUUCUAAUUUUAGAAAGACCUUUCCAGUGUAGGUGUGGUACAUACAUUGAAUAAACAAUGGGUGCUCAAGUUCUCUAAGAGAUUAUUUGUGAAGUUUUGAUGCGCACACUGUAAGUCUAAUUUUAAGGGAUUUCAUUAACCUAAUGGAUAGUCUGAUGUUCAUUAUUUGUCAUUUUUGCAAAUCUUUUUGCGAAAUGUUGUUUGUUUUAGACCCAAGGGCCAAACUCAUCAGUCCUUCUGUUGCAUCUGUCCCCCCUUGUUUUUCAAGGUGACUUUCUCUCUUUGCUUCCCCUUUCAUUGAAAUGUUUGAAAUUUACUCAGUUUAAGGAGAUCCUAUGACAUUCUUGUGUACAUCAAAAUUGGAUAGCUAUGAAGUUGGACAGAGUAUGUGUUAUUUGACAGGAUUUUGUUGUAUGUUUGUCCUAAAUCCAAGGCAAAGGACAUCAAUGUUACCAACAUCUUGACAAUAUUUAUGUAAAAAUCAUGAAACAUUUACACCAUGGUUGACAGAAGACAAUUUAUUGUACUCUAGAAAAACUUAGUCAUAAAUUUUUCUCAUAGAAUACAUGCAAUAGUGCCAUCAGCCAUGGUGUACGUCUUACAUAAUUUUGAACGUAUAUUUUUUAUUUAUUUGCUGUUGAGGUAGUUGAUAUCGCUGUUCACUUUAUAUGUGUGAUUUACCUCAACAAUUUUGAUAGAUAUGCUCCAAGUGUCAGCCAACAUUAGGUUAAAAUUGCAUUCAUAGGUUUGUUUUUUCUUUGCUCCAAAGUUGAAAAAGACAGAUGCCAACAGUUAAAUGCCAUUACGUUUUACUCCGAUUUUUUUAUUUGUGGAUGAUUCGAGUUAUAACAUCUGUUCUGACUUUCAUUGAUUCUUUAACUCAGACACUUCAAAUGUGCUUACUACAUUCAAAACUUUUGAGGAGUUUGUUUGAGGGAAGAACCUAUAAUUAUACUUUUUAAUUUAUUCAGCCUUUUUUUUCUAUGAAUAUAUAUGUAAAUCUCCGUCUCAGCAGCAGUAGAAGAAAACAUAACUCUGCUGAAAACAUGGGCUGUCAUUGGUCCCUUUAUCAAGGAUACAAACAACAAAUUAAGCUCCAAUUGAACAAGUUAUGAUGUGUAGAACUACUACUCGGAAUUUAUUUUCAAAAUUAUGAGGUGCUCAAUGCAAAAUUGAAAAUUUUUAACUUUGAUUGUUUGAUUUGUAAAUAUUCAUUGUAAGUAUCAUUUAGUCAUUUUAUAAAGUGGUCAAUAAAAGCUUUCGUAUUUUUUAAAA